AUGCUCAGCCGGCAAUGCUACCGUCGCCAGGGAGAACUUGCUCGCGUGCCACUUGAACAGCGCGCAGUUGCAAUUGCACUCGCAGCGGCUAUCGGCGAAUCGGUGGCACCAUCACUGGUGAUCUCUUGCUCAGUAGACCCAGCUCCUCUAACAAUGCCUGCCGUCGCUGACCUGUAG